CUUGCAAGUACCGUUGCCUCAUGGACUUGUUCGCCGCGGCGCGGCGCGGCGCGGUACCCGCCCUUCGGUCGCUCCUCCGCCCCGAGGCGGAGUGCGACGCGGACUUGCGCGACGACUGGGGCCAGACGGCUCUCAUGCUUGCCGCCGAGGCGGGACGAACGGAUUGCGUCGCUCUGCUGCUCGCGGCGGGCGCAGACGUGGGCGCGCAGGAUGCCGAGUCGGGCUAUACGGCGCUGCAUCGCGCGCUGCUCCGCGGCCAGAUCGCUGCGGCCGCCAUGCUCGUCCGCGUCGGCGGCGCGAGCGUCGACUCGCCUCUCGACCACGAGGGCCUCUCUCCGCUGGCGCUGUGCGAGCUGGCGCACGGGCCGGCGGAGUCGGCGGAGGCGACGCUCGCGGGCGACGUUUACACCUGGGGCCAGGCGGGCGGGCUGCCGCUCGGCCGGCCCGCCGCCACGGGGUCGCACGAGGCGCGGCCUGCGCGCGCAAAACUUCCCGCGCCGCCGUCGUCGCUCGAGGAGGGGGCGCUGACGGCGGCGGCGGCGGCGCGCGGGGAGACGGCCGACCCGCGCGGCGUCGUGGCGGUCGCGGCGGCCAAGCACCACACCCUCUUCGCCGACGCCCGAGGGACGCUCUUCUCGUGCGGCGUCGGCGGCGGAGGGCGGCUGGGCCACGGGGACGAGACGCACCUGCCGCUGCCUCGCGCGGUGCCGCUCCAGCGUGCGGUGGUUUGUGUGGCGGCGGGGCUUGACCACUCGCUCGCGGUGACGCGCUGCGGCGAGCUCUUUGCCUGGGGCGCAGCGCACGCGCCGCUGGGCGUGGCAGACCCGCCCGCCGGCUCGGGCGGGUGUGUCCUCUCCCCGCGCCGCGUGCCGUUCGGGGCAGCAAAGGGGGCGGUCGAGGUGGCGACGGUGGCCACCUCCGACGGCCACGCGCUGGCGGCGGACCGCGCGGGAGGCGUGUGGGCGUGGGGCUGCAACGGGCGCGGCCAGUGCGGCCAGCCAGCGUCUGUGGACUGCGCGCGGCCGCGGCGGGUCGACUCGCUCGGCGACACACGCGUCGGCGCCGUCGCUGCGGGCGGGGCGCACUCCGCCGGCGUCGACGCCGGCGGGCGCGUGUGGUGCUGGGGCAACGACGCGGCCGCGCCGCAGCGGCUCAAGAUGCCGGCGGAGGAGGCGCCGCGGGGGAUCCGAGCCCACUUAAGGCGCGGCAAGCCGCUCGCGCUGCAGGUUGCGUGCGGGUUUGCGCACACUGC